GCGCACACGCAGGCACAUUGUAUUUUAUAAUAGUUCACUUGCCCUUCAAACGACACUAUUUCCGCAGUUGUCGAAGUGAUUGCUGGUUCGUCUCGUUGUUACAUUACUAAAUAAAACAAUCAUGAGCAAAAUUGGAAUCAACGGUUUUGGACGUAUUGGACGUCUUGUCCUCAGAGCUGCUCUUGAAAAGGGUGCUCAGGUCGUGGCCAUCAAUGACCCGUUCAUUGGUCUAGAUUACAUGGUUUACAUGUUCAAAUAUGAUUCAACCCAUGGUAAAUUCAAGGGAGAAGUGAAAGCCGAAGGUGGUAUGCUUGUUGUGAAUGGAAACAAAAUUUCUGUGUUCAGCGAGCGUGACCCUAAAGCUAUCCCAUGGGGCAAAGCUGGUGCGGAAUACGUUGUUGAAUCAACUGGUGUUUUCACAACCAUAGAGAAAGCUUCGGCUCAUUUGGAAGGUGGAGCAAAAAAAGUCAUCAUAUCAGCUCCCUCAGCUGAUGCUCCAAUGUAUGUUUGUGGUGUCAACCUUGACUCUUAUGAUCCAAGCCACAAAGUCGUUUCUAACGCCUCUUGUACAACUAACUGCCUUGCUCCACUUGCUAAGGUCAUUCAUGACAACUUCGAAAUUGUUGAGGGUCUAAUGACAACUGUUCAUGCGACUACUGCUACUCAAAAAACUGUUGAUGGACCAUCUGGCAAGUUAUGGCGAGACGGCCGUGGAGCUGCACAAAAUAUCAUUCCUGCUGCUACUGGUGCUGCUAAAGCUGUUGGCAAAGUUAUUCCUGCUCUCAAUGGAAAACUUACUGGUAUGGCAUUCCGUGUUCCAGUUGCCAACGUAUCAGUUGUCGAUUUAACUGUUCGUCUUGGCAAACCUGCAAGCUACGAUGCUAUCAAGGCCAAGGUCAAAGAAGCUGCGGAAGGACCACUCAAGGGAAUUCUUGACUAUACUGAAGAUGAUGUUGUCUCAUCUGAUUUCAUCAGUGAUAGCCACUCCAGUAUCUUUGAUGCUAAAGCUGGAAUUCCAUUGAAUGAUCAAUUUGUUAAAUUAAUCUCUUGGUAUGACAAUGAAUAUGGUUAUUCCAACCGUGUUGUUGAUCUUAUCAAAUACAUGCAGUCAAAAGAUCAGUAAAUGUUACAUACAAAUUGAAACUUAUUGUUAAUUCUUUAUUUUUGAGAAUUAACUUCAUGUAAUGAUUCUAGAGCAGGCUCUAUGUCGUCUUCAUUAGUUUGAAGAAUAAAAGAGAGAGGAAAUGAGAGAAGAAAAAAAAUGUUAAGCUUUUCAUUGCUAUAAUUUUAGAAAUAAAAGUAAGAAACAUUAUUCAAAUU